GAGAGUGUGAGGAAGGAGUUCCCAAAGUUUUCAAAGAGGGCGGCACACAUCGUACUUCUGAAUGUGUUUGCAGAGCCUCAUGAUAUACACGCCAACAUGCACGCUGUCGUUCAGGUUAAGAUGCAGGCACGCACAUGCAUGUUGGUUCACGAGCAGAGGUGUUUCUUGUCAUGUUUGUGUUUCAUUAACUUAACUCCCUCUGUCUAGUGGUGGACUUUGGACCUGAAGGAAAGGAGAGGCUGGAAGAGAAGAGAAGAGAAGAGAAGAGAAGAGAAGAGAAGAGAAGAGAAGACAAGAACAACAAGAACAGAGUGGAAAAAGCAAUGGGCAAACCAAAACUUCCAGUUGAGGAGAUGGAGUGAAGCGAGCCAGAGAGUCACACAGGACAAGACAGUGACUGGACAUGGGCAAAGAGCGACUCACCCUGGGGUUGCUGCUGCGUUUGGGUAUUCUGCUCACUACUGUGUAUGUGUGUGUUCAUGUUUACCUGGACAGAAGUUGGCGGAGAACACCUGCACCCCUGGCAUUUGAACAUCCCAUCCAGUCUAGGCAGAACUUGGGGCAACAAAGCAGAACCAAGCGGGUCUCUGCAGAGACAGAGGAGCAGGACAGGAGUAUUAAAAGGAGAAUCUCCUACGUCCGAACACUGAAGAAGGACAGUCCAGCUAAGAAGAGGGAUGAAAACAGAGAAGUCCCCUCAUCUCCUCUCAACCCACACAGAAAGACUCCUCGGUGGCACAUAGACCUGGAGCCGUGGGCCAGUGAGAGUCAUUCUCUGGAGGAAGAAGCUAAGAGGUUCCUCAGCUACAUCACAACACCACAAGUGUCAUGUUCACCAUUGGCUGGUGAAGAAGCUGCUCAAGAGGGGUCCAAGGGGACCACGGGUGCCUGGGUUGUGUGUCUGGACCCUAAGUACAGUCUGGCCCACAGGAUACAAAGCAAACACUGCAGGAUUUACUCUUUUGGGUUGGGGGUGGACGACCGGUCCCUGGAGCGUUUCCUCGCCCGGUCAGGGUGUGAGGUCCACUGCUUCGAUCCCAGCUUGAAGCAGCCUCACCUGCAGCAGGCUGAAAUGUGGCUCCACCGGCUCUCUGUGGACUGGAGGGAUCCAAGCCCCGCCAUCGUCGCCCAGCGUCAGUAUGCCAACACGAAGAAACUGGCCACCAUCCUGAACGACUUUGGACACAGACAGGUGGAUGUACUGAAGGCAGAUAUGGAGAGCGCAGAGUGGAAGAUUUUGGAGAAUCUGCUUCUGGAGGGAGUUCUGGACUCAGUGGGUCAGCUGCUGUUGGAGCUUCACCUGCACUGGGCGGGUUUUGAGGUGGCCGGCGAUGACCCGUCCGUGGUGCGGUACUGGUUCAGCCUGCUCAAGGAGCUGGAACGCACCAACUUCCGCCUCUUCCAUGUGCAGAACGAUCCAGCCAAACCGCACCUCUUCCUGCAUAAGAAUGUCCUCAAUGCCAGCAGUGCAUACACCUUGAGCUGGGUGAACACACAGUGGAAGCCUUGAGGGAUACCAGACAGGUGU